GAUGAACUACACUUCCCAGAAAGUGCGGGGCAAACCAGCCGAACCUUUCCUGGCCAGCACAGCUCUCUCUCCCAGAAACGGUUCUGCUGUAGAGGUGACCUGACUCCUGGAGACAGCUUUGCAGGUGCAGAAAUCGUCGUCGCAGUUCUUAAUAAUGUCGGAGCCAAUCAGAGUCCUCGUGACUGGAGCAGCUGGUCAGAUUGCGUACUCGCUGUUGUACAGUAUUGGAAAUGGAUCUGUCUUUGGUAAAGACCAGCCUAUCAUCCUUGUGCUGCUGGAUAUCACCCCCAUGAUGGGGGUUCUGGACGGCGUCCUGAUGGAACUGCAAGACUGUGCCCUUCCCCUCCUGAAAGAUAUCAUUGCAACAGACAAAGAGGAGGUUGCCUUCAAAGACCUCGAUGUGGCUGUCCUUGUGGGCUCCAUGCCAAGGAGAGAAGGCAUGGAGAGGAAGGACCUCCUGAAAGCAAACGUGAAAAUCUUCAAGGCCCAGGGUGCUGCCUUGGAGAAAUACGCCAAGAAAUCCGUGAAGGUCAUUGUUGUGGGAAACCCAGCGAACACAAACUGCCUGACGGCCUCCAAGUCAGCCCCAUCAAUCCCCAAGGAGAACUUCAGUUGCCUGACUCGCUUGGACCACAACCGAGCAAAAUCUCAGAUUGCUCUUAAACUCGGUGUAACUGCUGAUGAUGUAAAGAAUGUCAUUAUCUGGGGAAAUCACUCAUCGACUCAGUAUCCAGAUGUCAAUCAUGCCAAGGUGAAGUUGCAAGGAAAGGAAGUUGGUGUAUAUGAAGCCCUGAAGGAUGACAGCUGGCUCAAGGGAGAAUUCAUCACGACCGUGCAACAGCGCGGUGCAGCUGUCAUCAAGGCUCGGAAGCUGUCCAGCGCCAUGUCUGCUGCGAAAGCCAUCUCUGACCACAUCAGAGACAUCUGGUUUGGAACCCCAGAGGGAGAGUUCGUGUCGAUGGGCGUUAUCUCUGACGGCAAUUCCUAUGGUGUUCCCGAUGACCUUCUCUACUCGUUCCCUGUUGUGAUCAAGAAUAAGUCCUGGAAGUUUGUUGAAGGCCUCCCUAUUAAUGAUUUCUCGCGUGAGAAAAUGGACCUGACUGCGAAGGAACUGGCAGAAGAAAAGGAAACUGCUUUUGAAUUUCUCUCCUCUGCAUGACUAGACAAUCACAUUGACGUCAGUAAACAUCCCAAAGCUGAGGAAUCAAAAUGUCGUCUUUGAGCCUAGUACCAAACAGUAAUAAUGCUAUACUCAAGUUGUGAACAGCAACAUAUUUUAAAUAUUAUGUGCUUCGUGGUAGUAAUUUGUGAAAGUCUAUCAUGCUGUAAGUGUUGAUCUGAAUAAAAGUAUAUUCAAGUGAA